CAUAAAUCCAAAUAACAGUGUACCUACUACGACUCGGAAACCGCAUUGAACGCACUCUUCGCUCAUGCUACUAUACGUCAAGGCGACAACAUAGACUACGUCACAACGCGCUGAUGUGUAUCAAAGUGUUGUGUUUCUCUCCAUCUCUUUGUCUCUUCGUGCAAACACUUUCAUGCUUCUCUCCACCCCGCUAGCAAACCAAUCGUUGCGUCCUUUAUGCUGCGACCUUCAUUCGCACACAUUCGCUUCCAUUCAUUGCUCUACUAGAUCUAUGUAUCCGUCAUCAUUCGUAGUUGUGAGACAGUUUUUCCCCUCGAGUGGAUGUGGCUCUCGUUGUACCGUUUGUUAGCUUUUGUUGCUCUCGGUUCGCCGAACCGUUCGGAUAGGACAGAGAUCGCUUUCCCGUUGACGAUAGAACCAACCAACUUGUAUAUUACGGGCGUGUAGUGUGUAGUAGCUGUUCUAGUUUAGUAACGAGAUACACAAACUGGCAGUGUUUGGAAAAAUAAAUAGAACACAUCAAUUCUAUGAACUGUUAGGAGUGCUCUGGUUGAUGAUGGAUGCUCUCGGUCGGUUAGUCGGCGGAGAACUUUUGAAAUGUGAAAACAUUAAUUUGGUCAAGCGAGAACGGAAAAGUGCUGAAACAUGAGUUAAAGUUGCAAAUUAGUGCUCGGAGUGAACACAAAGGUUUUCAUUUUAUUUACGUCUUGCUCCAGCAAAGCAGAACAUAAUACAAUUUCAACGACGACAGCAGGCGAAACAAAUGUGGUGGGAUCGUGUUUACGGUGCUUUCGUGGAAACUUGAAUUAUAAAAAAAAUAACCAGAAAUAUCCAGCAAUGAUGACUGGUGCCACCAUUCAAUGAGAGGUCUGUUGGGGGAAAGUGAAAAGUGCAUGUUUUCUCACUGCAUAAGAGAAGAGAAAUUUAACGCUCCUCGAGAAGAAAAACACGAUUAAAAGAAAUGGCUCACUUCUCCAUCUCGGAAAUGUCGGAUAUGAAAGUGACGGAUACGUUCCCGAAGAGCGGCCGUGUCACCGAAGUAUGCAAAGAAUGGCUCGUGCGGGAGGAUGGUGCUUUGGCGUAUCAACUGCAAAAUAAAGAAAUUUGCGACCACUACAAGGGCAACAAACAGCGAAAUCAAAUCGUUCGCCAGGAUUUCCCAACCGCACUUUCAGAACAAAUCAGGGAAAAAGAAGACGCCGAACGGCAAGCUGCGUUGUAUCAUCAGAUGAUCAAUGAGCAAGAAGAGAUGGAUGCCAAAGUAGCUCGAGACAUCGCCGUUCAACUGGAACGGGAAACCGGACUGAAGCGAAGGUUAGAGGCUAAGAAAGGCGAAGCGCUGGCCAGGAAGCUACAAGAACAGGCGGUUAUUAAUGGGAGAAAACCUCACCGGGGUCCUGAACCAGAUCUUGCAUUUCCAUUGCCACCAAGAAAUCAUCCAAAGCCCCCACAACAGCAAGUGCCUGCGACACAACCACCCUCAACGCAUCGUACUUCGCCUUACAUUACUCAUUCUCCUCCCGGGCAAGCUUGUGCACUGGAACAGAACGAUCUGCACUAUGCCUCUCUCGAUCUAAAUUCACCAAAGCGGCCAUCAUCUCAUGUUAUGUAUCAGAAUGGUAGAUUCCCUGCGGCGAACGUCUACCAGGAGCUAUCUCAUAAUCCUUCGCCAAAUUACGAACCCUACGAUGAGGAUGAGGAAGGUUACACAAACAUCAAUCUUCACUCCCAUACUCCCGAAAAAAAGCAACAUGGUUUCUCCGGUAAUAGAAACGGAUCCACAUCGGUGGACAUCGUAGAUAGCAUCCGGCAGUACGAUAUACCGUAUGAUAGUGAUUUUAGUUAUCAGCUUCCGCCUCCGCCAUCUUUGAAUGAUAUCACGAACCACAAUCAAAGAUUCAGCAAUCAGAGACCAACUCAUUUUUCUGAUGCCUACAAAUACAACAAUAAUAACAACGUAUCUACGGAAGAUGACUUCCGAAACAAUUCCAACUUCAACAAGGUUUCGCCGGAAAAAGUCGUUACCUCAGCUAUGGUUUCAGCUACGCCAUACGGUGGAGCGAGUAGAGGUUCCCGGGCUGCCAUCAAUUACAAUGCAUACGACGACGAUGACAUCGACGAAGCGCUUGCUCAACCAUUGCCGUCCAAUCAUACUGCCCAGCUCAACCAGAUAGGAUUACCCACGGGAAUUGAUUUGGACGCAGGUGGCAGCCCUCGAUAUGUGAACAGCGGAAGUAUACCCGGUAACGGACCACACCUCAAUCAGUCUCAGCACCACCAAAACCCACAUUUGUAUCAAAACCAUCAUCCACAUCAUGGUCAAAUACAGCAUCAGCAGCUCCACCCACAUCAACAACAACAACAGCCAUCGCAAUCUUCUCCUCGGCACAAUCAAGCUCCUCCAGUUCACCCCAAAAGUGGAAGCUAUGAUAAGGCCAACCGAAUUCGCGCCCUCAAAGAUCUUGGAUUGCCCCCGGAAGAGAUUAAAGAAAUCGAUAAAAGGCUGGAGCAGGAACUGAAGGAUGAGGAACUGGCCCGCAAGCUCCAAGAGCAGGAAGCGGACGGGCUAGACCAGGAGGUAAUCGACCGCCGUGUCGCAAUGGAGGCUCAGGACAAAGAGCUGGCCAAAAUGCUCCAGGAGCGCGAACGAGCCAAAGCGAAGCGAGCCCGUGAGAAAGCACGCUUGAAGAAAGAAAUGCAACGACAGCAACAACAGCAACAAGAUCCUCAACCAAAUGAAACAGGUGCAGCUUACGAGGGUAACCCAUCUUCCCACAUACCUGAUCAGCAACAGUCUUCCCUAGAAGCGGUUACACCUGAUCCGGACGGAGACUCAUACUCGAAUCCGAUUGAUAUGAUUCAGCAUUCGCAAAAUUUGGGUGCAAAUACUGGUAGCGCUGGCAGCACUGGUGCAAGACGAUAUUAUGGACCUUCCACUCACUCCCCCGAACACAGCAUCGGUUUGCAUAAAACACAAGGCAGCAUUUCGUCGCACGGAUCGGGCUCUGGAAGCCAUUAUCAAAACUCUCAGAUAUCGCCGAACGAAGACAGCUAUUCAAACCCAAUCGAUAUGAUAAGACAGCAAAAAUCGACACCAAAUUUGAAAUUAUCUGCCAAUGUGCAGAGGCUGAUUGAGAAUGGCUGUAAGGAUGAUGAUAUUUACGUGCUACCAGUUUCUGGGAAUGGAGACAACGGAGUGAGUCCUCCAAGGGUAAUUCCCACAGAUAUGAGGGAUAGCAUGAAUCGAUCGUCCGGAUCAAGAAAUCAAUACACGGAAGACAACAUUGCAGCCAAAAUUGAUCCUACCUUUGCCGUAUCCGGAAACAGUCCAAUGAAUACGAGCUCUAUGACCACCUCAUCGCUAUCCACGCCACCAGAUAUUCUCGAGUUCUCCGAUCCCGGUUCUUCUAGUCCAGUGCCACCGUACAUGCCGAUACAAGGAACAAGACGGAACAAUUCAGCCGACAAUAAGAAACGAAAAUCAAAAGAACGUUGUGCACAACAGUGAAUGAACAAUGAUUUUUAAGCAGUCUGUUACUUAUAUAUAUUUUUCUAGUUAUUGAAUUAAUUAUUAUACCGUUUAUAUAAAUGUCUAUGGGACAAUAACCCACGAUAUAGUGUCGGAGAGCGAAACUAGUAUGUCAUCCAUAUUAAUGCGCUAUCUUUAUGUAUAUCGAAAUAAGUGUAUACCGUCUGUGCUAAUCUCUCUAUUCAACCUAAUAAGAUGUUUUAUGAAAGCUCAAAACACAAGCAAGCUUGAUGAAGGAAAAAACAGCUAUUUUAAAGCAUAUUCUUUUCUGUAUGCGGUUUAUUUUUUCAUCCAUAUUGUAAAGCUAUUUAUAUGCUCAUCCUCAAUAAAAUAUUUUUAUCGAAAUGUUAACCAGGUUUAUUCA